UCUUUCUGAUGUGAAUUUCUGGAGUGGAGAGAAGACAAAUGCGUGUAAAACACACCAGCAAGUAUCUCCUUUCUCAGUCUGUGUGGCUUCCUUUCCUGACAGAUGUCUGCUUUCCAUUGGUUGAAGCUGAACGAGCUUUAGAUACAAUGAAUUUUGAUGUCAUUAAAGGAAAGCCAGUGCGUAUCAUGUGGUCCCAGCGUGAUCCAUCUCUGCGUAAAAGUGGUGUUGGAAACAUCUUUAUUAAAAACCUGGACAAAUCAAUUGAUAAUAAAGCUUUGUAUGACACAUUUUCUGCUUUUGGAAAUAUCCUGUCUUGUAAGGUUGUAUGUGAUGAAAAUGGAUCCAAAGGCUAUGGAUUUGUACACUUUGAGACACAAGAAGCUGCAGAAAGAGCUAUUGAAAAAAUGAACGGAAUGUUGCUUAAUGAUCGCAAAGUGUGAGUACACAAAUUAUUUGUUGGACGGUUCAAAUCUCGUAAAGAACGUGAAGCAGAACUUGGAGCUCGGGCUAAGGAGUUCACAAAUGUUUACAUCAAGAAUUUUGGAGAAGACAUGGAUGAUGAGAGACUUAAGGAACUCUUUGGCAAGUUUGGGCCUGCCUUAAGUGUGAAAGUUAUGACUGAUGAGAGUGGGAAAUCCAAAGGCUUUGGUUUUGUUAGUUUUGAAAGACAUGAGGAUGCUCAAAAAGCUGUAGAUGAAAUGAAUGGAAAGGAACUGAAUGGAAAACAGAUAUAUGUUGGUCGUGCUCAGAAAAAGGUAGAAAGACAAACAGAGCUCAAGCGUAAAUUCGAGCAAAUGAAGCAGGACAGGAUCACCAGAUACCAGGGAGUUAAUCUUUAUGUGAAAAAUCUAGAUGAUGGAAUCGAUGAUGAGCGCCUACGCAAAGAAUUUUCUCCAUUUGGCACAAUCACUAGUGCAAAGGUCAUGAUGGAAGGGGGCCGAAGUAAAGGAUUUGGGUUUGUCUGCUUUUCCUCACCAGAAGAAGCAACCAAAGCGGUUACAGAAAUGAAUGGUAGAAUUGUGGCCACUAAACCACUGUAUGUAGCCUUAGCCCAACGUAAGGAAGAACGCCAAGCUCAUCUCACCAACCAGUACAUGCAGAGAAUGGCAAGUGUGAGGGCAGUGCCCAAUCCGGUCAUCAAUCCUUACCAGCCAGCGCCUCCUUCAGGUUAUUUCAUGGCAGCUAUUCCACAGACUCAGAACCGUGCUGCGUACUAUCCUACUAGCCAACUUGCUCAACUCAGACCAAGCCCUCGCUGGACUACUCAGGGUGCCAGACCUCAUCCUUUCCAGAACAUGACAGGUGCCAUCCGCCCUGCAGCUCCCAGACCACCAUUCAGUACCAUGAGGCCAGCUUCAUCACAGGUUCCAAGAGUGAUGUCAACACAGCGUGUUGCUAACACAUCAACCCAAACUAUGGGUCCACGUCCAGCCGCAGCAGCAGCUGCAGCUACUCCAGCUGUGCGCACCGUUCCACAGUACAAGUAUGCUGCAGGUGUUCGCAAUCCUCAGCAACACCUUAAUACUCAGCCCCAGGUUGCUAUGCAGCAGCCUGCUGUCCACGUGCAAGGUCAGGAACCUUUGACUGCUUCAAUGUUGGCUGCUGCCCCUCCACAAGAACAGAAGCAAAUGCUGGGAGAACGGCUGUUCCCUCUUAUUCAAGCCAUGCACCCCACUCUGGCGGGUAAAAUCACUGGUAUGCUGUUAGAGAUUGACAACUCUGAGCUCCUUCACAUGCUUGAGUCUCCUGAAUCUCUUCGUUCAAAGGUUGAUGAAGCUGUAGCCGUACUGCAAGCCCACCAAGCUAAAGAAGCUGCUCAGAAAGCUGUUAACAAUCCAGCAGGUGUUCCAAGUGUCUAAUAUGAUCCGGGACUGCGCACUAUAACUUCGCUUCACCGAAGAAAAAAAUCUAAACAUGGAAAAAUUAUUAAAUAUUGAGAAAAACAUUGCAAAAAUAUAAAAUGAAACAAAAAAAGGAAAGGAAACUUUGAAGCUUAUGUACACAACAAGCGCCAGGACUAGCAAAACUGUUAGUCCUCGAUUACCUAUUGAUUUAAAAUACAAAAAAAAAUAGUAAAAGGAAAAAAAA